CGACAACGAAAGGCUAGCUUCUACUUCAUUCGUUAUGAUUUCACCGAGGCACUCGAGACGUGUAAGGAAGACAAUUGCUGCAGAUAACGACAGUCCAGAGCCGGUCCCAGCUCCAGUCAAGCAUAGGACUAAGAAGCAGCGCACUGAAAAGCCCAAGUCUGAACUCAGAGCUGACUCGGAUUCAGGGAAUCACAAGUCAUCGAAACCCCCGACGCGUCGACGAAAGGGAGUCCUGACAAAAGUGGCUGAGACUCCGCUUGAUGUCCUCUUUGAGAUCUUUCAACAUCUCGAGCCCCUUGAUCUCCUUCGCUUGAGCCGAACGACCAAAGACCUCCGUACCCUUCUUCUCCAGCGUCAAUCCAGUUUCAUCUGGAAAAGUGCCCGCGAAAAUGUUAAAGACUUACCUCCAUUACCAGACGAUAUGAUAGAGCCACGAUAUGCGAGCCUGGUCUUUGACAACCACUGUCAAAACUGUUUUGCACCAACGAAACUUGUCCAAUGGCAGUUUAGGCUGCGGUACUGCAGGAUUUGUCUAUAUAACAGCCCUGAUGUAACCAAGGACCCCUACGAACUUCCUGAUGAGAUGCUACAGCUCGUUCCUCGUUUUAUACUGAAUACGAAUAUAGGUCGUCGAAAACGUUGCGAGACAUUCUACCAUACGCCAUCGAUCAAUGCACUAGAGGAAUGCCUCUGUCAUGGUUGUGACCUGUGGUUCGAUGAAAUAGAAACUUCUUAUUGGAGACUUGUUGAACAUUCUGAUGCUUGCGAGAAGUGGGCCUCCGACCGGGCUGCUGAACAUGCAGACAAGCUCAAUUCGCUUCGUGUUGCAAGGGGUGAUAAUGUAGUCGAACGCCUAGCAGCCCUCGGCUGGGGUGAAGAGAUCAAAGAAAUGGAUAAUGAGACUGUCCUGCGCCGUCACAAGUUGGUUUGGCAAGUCAAGCCACUUACGGAUCGAAUCUGGUCCGCAAUAGAACCAGCUAUGAUUGAGUUGAUGGAAUCACUUAAAGCCAAAAGGCUCGAUGGAUGCUAUUGAAAGCAGGUCUCGUUUAUUCGGAGGACCCGAUGUACAUUACCUUUUCCUCCGAAUCCCAUCUGGUGAUGCCCAA